AUGGCUCUCCUGCCGGAGGAGAUGAGGAACGAGGCCGAGGUCUUCCACGGCCACGACGUCUGCCAGCAGAAGCUUGCGCUCCUUCUCGCAGAGAUCGGCCUCCCCAACGUCCUUGUCUCGUCCCCGGAGAUCGAGGAGUUCUGCUACGUCAAGCCCCUCGGCCUAGUCUGGCUCCGGCUGCGGAACCGGGCCGAGUGCAAGGUCGUCGACAACAUCGUCAUCUCGUACGACACCCACGUCACGGCCCGCGUGGAGCCAAACCGGAUCCACAAGCUCACCGGCAUCCGCGCCAAGGAGUGUUUCGUCUGGGUCAACCUCAGCGAGAUCGAGAUACGCACCAAAGGGCGCAAGACGCCGGCCCCCUCUGGCUCUGGGCUCAUCACGUUCAGGACCUCCGUCGGGUUCUCCCGGUCCUUCCCGGUUUCGGCAUUCGAAUGA